AGGCUUUCCAGACCCUCUGGUCCAAUGGUCGACUUUUAAAUGUUGUGGAGCAGCUGAUUGGACCCGAGAUAAUGGGUCACCCUGUCUGGAAUCUUCGAACCAAGACCCCACAGAGUGAGGCCGCAACAGUUCCCUGGCAUCAAGGUUUGAGAAGCAGUUAACACUGUGACAUAAAUAGAUGACUGAAUAAACUGUUCAUUGUUUUGUCUUUCUCUUCUCAGGGUAAAUUAUUAAUACACAGAAACAGUAGGGCCAAAGCAUUAUUUUGAGUUCUAUUCUAAAAUUUAAAAAAUAGUUUGAACAAACAAACUCUAUUAUUUUGCCUCUGAUAUCAUUGCUAUCAUCUUCUACACAGGAUGACUUUUUCAUCGACUUAACCCAUUCAUGAUUGUUAACAAAAAUAUCUUAAUAUUUAAACACAUUAUUUGUCAAUGAAAUUUUACAUCAAUUUUUAAAAGUAAAGGACAGGUGAGAUUAAACAAAAAUAAUUCAACACUGUAAUUCAAUGAAUUUGUAUUUCUAAACAUUUCAGACAUGUUUUGUAGGCAGACACAAUUAAUAGUUGCACAUUUUAAAUAAAAAAAACCACCAAGUUAUGGAUUGAAUAAUUCAUAGAAGUACUUACGUUAAACAAAAUGUACACAUAUUUUGUGUACUUUGCAGACAGUGCCUACCUGGACAAUGAUUCCUACAAUGUUUUACAAGCCACUGCCUGGAUUCCACUGCUGGGUGCAAAUGAAAAAAAUGGAUGCAUGGAGGUUUGUUGUGCUACCUGUUGAUGAUUAGUCUGGUGGUAGCCACCAUUUGUGCUACAUAUGUCUGAUGAUUAGUGUGGUUGGUCGCCACCAACUGCGCUACCUUUGUCCGAGAAUUAGUCUGGUGGUAGCCACCAUUUGUGCUACCUAUGUCUGAUGAUUAGUAUGGUUGGUGGCCAUCCAUUGUUCUAAAUAUGUCUGAUGAUUAGUCUGGUCUAUCUAAUUAAGUUUAUUUAGAACAAAGUAGCUUCACAUGACUUUAUUUCCAGUCAAUUAAUUCAGAAGAAACCGUUACAUUAGAUAGAUGCUUUCCCAAUAUAUCAUAAGAAUAGUUUGAGUAUUUUAAUUGCAGGUGAUUUCAGGCGGACAUCUGGCUGGUAAAGUAGCAAGACACACGUGCUGUUGGGGUGACACCUGGUAUGUGGAGACAGAUAUUGAGGAUGCUGAAAAACGACUCAGUAGGCAUCAAGUUGUUAUGUUAUUUCAUUUCUCUUGUCAAGUUUCAUAAAGUGAAUUUAUUACUUUCAAAGCAGACGUUUAUGAAUGUUUAAAAAAAAACUAAAUAUAUGAGUGAGAAAAAAAUGUUGUCACCACCCAAAUAACUGCAAAUAGAAUGACAGUUUUAUUAAUAAUUCUAUGCUUUGGAAUUGAGAUUUUAAACAUUCUUAUAGUCUAGUUUAUUUAAUAUGAUGAGUUAGAAAAAACAUAUUUUUUUUAAAAAGAAAAUUUCCAGUGCGGGGAAAAAGAAAAUAUUGAUCAUAUAAGCAGAAAUAGUAUUGAAAAUAUGUUUGAUGACCAUAUUUAAAAAUGAACAAUUGUUUAAUAAUAUUCAGAUGUUGACUUUGUGAGGGACAAAGUCCUCUGUCCUGUUCCCUAUGGUGGAAUGCUGCUCAUCAACAACAUGAUCCCACACAGGAGGUGAGUCCAUUAUACUGUAUCAAGUCUUGUCUUUAUAGCUUCUCCAGAAUAGACCUUUAGUUGUAUUAUUACUUAAGUAUUGAGUCAAAACUGCACUAUUGAAAACAAUUUUGUUUAAACUGUGGGUCCCCUUUGCGCAGUUAUGUGAUGAAUUUAGCAAAGGUAGUCCAACAUUUUGCAAGAUUAGUGUGUGUGUGACGAGGCAAAAGUUUAAUGACCGUUGAUCGCCAAUGUUAACAGAUUUUAUUCUGAACAAAUUCUUGAGCCUAAACAAUGUCUCUGAUGAGAAUGUUGAUGACUGUUGUUCAUAGAUUUUAUUUUGAACGAUAAUUUUUCAGCCUAAACAAUGUCUCCGAUGAUAUUCGCUGGAGUCUGGACCUGCGGUGGCAGACGCCUGAGAAACCUGUUGGAUUUUAUGGCAUGAAACAAGGGGUCCUCAUGAGAUCAGAGAAAAACCCUGUCAAGGAAAUCGACUGGGACGGUUUCAAUAGCGUAGACAGACAUCGUGAAGCAGACAAAGAAUGCACGGUAUUUAUCUAUUGUUUCUGUUACAAAAUGUCUUGUCUUUUUAUUUGUAUGGCAGGCAACUCUUGGAGUGGGUUUCAAAUAAGUCUCAUCUCUUGCAUAAGAUGUGGCCUUGUUAUAAAUAAUGUUAGAAGGUAUUUAUUAUAUAUUAGAAUUUGUACAUCAAUCAAUCCAAUCCUAGCAGUGAAUACCAGAGCUCAUAUCAGAAGGCUGAAAAAAGGAAUUUAUAAAUUUAUAGUAGGAUAGAAUUAAUCUUUAAGUUUUGCAUAGAGAUACAACCAGUGAAUGAUUCAAAUUCACUUUUUUAUUUCAUGCAUACUUGUGUCAUAACCAUAAAUGUUGACACAUCUCUUUUAAAUGCAGGGGGAUGUCAAGGAGGAUCCAUUCGAUACAACAAUUGUUGGUCCGUGGAUGAAGAAAUGGGAGAUGACUCACACAAACCGCCACACGGCCCAGCUGACGUCCAGACUGGAGGCCUCCUGGCAUAAGGCUUAAAGUCUUAUAAUAAAAUACUUGACCAAAAGUAGAACUGACCGGUCUCCCCUUGGUUAAUCUUCCAUCAUACCAUGUAUUAUUUUGCAUUUGCUAGCCUUAAAACAUAAAAUAUAAGAAACACUCAUAUCUACCUGCUUAAAGAGUUGAGUAAUUAGAUUUUUAUUUUGUCAGUGUGUAGGCAAAGAGAAAGUACACUGUACACAUUUAUUCACUUGAAAGGACAAAGAGCCAAAAAACUGUAUAAGUUGAAGGAAAUUUUUAAUGUUAAAUGUUUUGCUGAAUUGUACACUAGCAAUUCAAAAUUAGAGUUUAUUCAAAAAAUUUGUGUAUAGUUGUGUCAUGAAUAAUUUGAAAAAAUCUUCUACUUCUAUGAAUAAUAUGAAAUAUAAGAAUAAGGUAUUAAAUGAUCAAGUUAUUGUGUUUGCAUAAUGAAAAAAAAAAAAGUUAAUAUUUGUUCCAUUUCUCAGUGGGAAAUCACUUUUAAAAAAUGCAAAAAUUUAUAUCAAUAUAUUUUACUUUAUGUAUCUAUAUAACAUUUUACUUCCGCUUUAAUGUACUCCACUAAAAAUCAGUUUGUUUCAAAUUGAAUGAAAAUGAUUGAUUUUUAAUAUUUAAAAUAUUUCAUACUUUAUGAAUGAAUUUAUCAUAAUUUUUUUGAAAACCAAAUUGUAUUAGGCUCUAAAACCCUGGUUUUCAACCCAUUAAUAACACCCCCAAAUGGGGAUGCAGAGGGUUUUCUGUGAGGUUGCAGACUUGAACAGUAAACUUUAGAAAAACAGGGUUUAAAGAAAUUUUUAUUUGAUAAUGCAAUAAAGUAUGAAAUUUUUUUUUUUAAAUGUGAUGCGCUGUCUCGCAUGGUAUCAAUUUUUUAAACAUGUCUUAGGGUCUUGGGUCAACUUUGCUUCUAUAAAUAGGGUCGUGACUCAAAUAAGGUUGGGAACAUAUGAUUUAUAAAUUUAACUUGGCAUAUUUAAUUUUUUAAUGAAAUGUUGUCCCUAUUUAUCAGUCUAAUUCACCUGAAGACAUAACUCCUUACGUUCAUGUCAGCUAUUUUCAUGUCAGCUAUUUUCAUAUCAGCUAUUUUCAUGUCAGCUAUUCUAUUGAUGUAAUUGUUUUCUGUGUGGACUCAGCUUUUUUUAUUUCAUUUAAACCAAGGGGCCUGUUUUUUUAUUUACUGGUAUAUAACAAUCUAUGCAUUAUAUAAUUAGAAUGCACAGAUAGACAGAGGCGAGGCACAACUUCAUUGUAUUUCAUUUGUAUUGAAUUACAACUGAGAAGAAGGUCAUUUGUUUUUUUACUUUAAGUUGAAUAUGUUCCCAUUCAUCUUCAUUGUUUAACCAUAUAGUGAUAGUCACAGUGAUAAGAGCAAAUUUCAUUCUGUGAUAUUAUCAGGAUAACAUUUUACAGUUGCAGCUGGUGUUGGCUUGUGGUGCACUGUUUGUGGUGCACUGUUUGCAUAAAAUAUUUUCAACAAUUUAUUUUUCUCUCUAUUAAUGAAAUGACCGGUCUGUGUCAAUCUCUAGACAAGGUGAUGUGACUUGGUCAAGUGCUCUAUGUACCAUAAUAUUUUGGCAGCUAUUAUUUUCUUUGAAAAUUUUCUAAACCACUGAUUUUUUAAUUUUUUCUUAACAAAUCAUUGCACAAAUCCGAUGUUGAGGUUUUCUGGUUCUAUUCAUUUAUGUUAGGCUAUUGUUUAUGCAAGCUUUUCCCUAAACUACACGAUUAAAAGUUUUCAUUAAUUUAA